GGAACAUCUUGGAAUGGAGAUUCGCUUGUUGGAGUCUCGCGCGGCACUACUGCGGACUCAGAACCUCCCUGCGCAUUUAGUGGUGGAGAGAGACCCCAUUCUUCGGCCCCUUGCUCAAGAACUAGCUGUCCUCCGGUACGCAAACCAGGCCCAGCAGCUUCAUGUGGCGAAGAUGCAGUCCGCUUUGUCGCGAGCAUUGAUCGACCAACCUUACUAUCCUCUCCACAGCCGGAUCUGUUUAUCUAGGGACUGGAGCGAGCGACGCUCGACCCUCUUGGGGAUGCAAGACGAUAAACUUCGCCGCGCGUACGAGUUUGUCAUAGCUCAACGCAAUUUUCCGAGAGGCGGUUCGAGAAUGAGGAAGGCGACCUGUGCUGUAUUCGCUUCGACAUGGUUCAAUUUCCCGGCGUCAUCUCGAUCCAGUAAGUUUUCGACGCGUUAUCAUUCUUCAUGACCAGUAUGGAGAUCAUAAUUUCCGAGCAGCUCGGCCACGUCAUGCUACGCGAUGACUACGAAACUAUCGACGACGAAGCGUUCCAUAGCCGAUUUGUUUCUACAAACAACCGCGGCAUUGCAGUGGAG